AUGUCACUAUCGUUGAACUUUGACCAUGGCAUUAAUAAUGUCUUAAGGACCCAUUGUGGUGAUCAGUGUCUGUUGGAGAGUCAAGCCGGCCAAACAUUACGCGAAUUCAGACCUGAGAUUUUCAGUUAUUUGUGGGAACUUGACAGCCAAGACGGAAUCGAUGUGUCCAUGAUCGAUCAUCAACCGGAACUCGAGUGGAAAAUGCGUCCCUUUUUAAUUGACUUCCUGGUGGAAUUGCAUGCUUAUUUUCGUUUGAACGAAGCGACGCUUUUUCUGGCUGGUUCCAUUGUCGACCGAUAUUUGUCCAAAAGAGUUGUGUAUAGCCGCCAUUACCAGUUGGUUGUCACUACUGCCCUGUGGAUCGCAGCAAAGUACGAGGACAAAAAAUCCCGUACACCUCUAGCUAACGAGCUCGUUAUGCUAUGCAGAAACGUGUAUACAAGCCAGAUGUUUGCCCAAAUGGAAAUGCACAUACUCACAAGUUUGGAUUGGAACAUAAGCUCCGUUGUUACAGUUCAACAAUCGUUGUCUAUGCUUCUUGAUUUUGACGUUUUUACACGUAAUUCAGUUACUUCAAGCCGCAUCAAUGAACUUUCGAUGCAACUUGCAUUGUAUUCCUUAUAUGCAAAGAAUUACAUGUAUUUCAGCUCCACAGUCAAAGCAUUGUCAGCCUUAGCUAUAGCAUCCAAAAUUUUGGACGACAAUCGAGCACCGCAAAUCAUUAUUGAUGGCAGAAUAAACUCGCAUUAUGUCGCUGGCGACAGCGGUUUAUCUGUCCUCGAUGAGUAUUGGAAGGAUAAUCAAAGGAAAGUGCUCAAUCUGCAAAUCGAUCAGUCGUGUUACGAAGAUAUUCGAAAGUGUUGUCUCUUCUACAUAAGCGACAUUUUCGACACGCUUUCGAGCGAGACUUCGGGCUCGAGAGUUCUUCAAGCAAAGAUUAAAGCCAGCGAAUUCCAACAAGAUCUCGUUGACUAUACAAGGCAAAAUUUAGCCACUUAUCUUCAGCUAUGCAUGCUUUCCCGAGCUUCAGGUGCUAUCGACCGCCAUGAUUCUCAAAAAGAAUCUAAUGUCCUUGCUGAUAUACUAACCGGUUUGGCCAGCGACGAUAUAUUAGAAGAGGCAAAAUACCAGGAUACCGAGCUUCUUUGUGCGCCGCCAAAGACUCCCGUCCAAGCUUUUGGAAGUGGAACGACUUGCGAAAACUUCGGCUUAUGGACUUCGCCAUUUCGGACUCAGCUACAUCAUGGUGAAUUGAGUGAACUCCCCGAAACUCCUACGUCCACUAAGUCUUCAUCAAUUUUCAGUAACACAUCUAUGGCCUCAAUUCAAACUAGCACGAGCUCUCCUUCCCUUGACAAACCGAGCAUGUCAAGAUUUCAUUCCAACACGCUUCUAACGAAGCAACUCAAUCCCUCUUAG